AUUCUCACACCAGACUGUUUACCAACUAUAUUUCAGAGUGGAAAUUUAACCUGACUGUUAAACCGAAAGUAAGUUACUGGCUGUUUGUUUUAUUUGAAAACUCAAACUUUAAUAAGGUUUGACUGGGUCUUGAAUGUGGCUGCUGCUGAUCCAUGUUAGACCACAUCCAGGACUGAUGGCACACAGCAAAGGAGCAAGACCCAAGGAGCAGACCUCUGGUGACAUAGAUCUAGAUCUACUGACAUGUUCAAUAUGCUUAGAAGCAUUUACAGAACCCGUAGGUUUGCCCUGUCUGCAUCCAUUUUGUAAGAAAUGUUUGAAGGAUCAUGUGAGAAGGGCAGCAUUUGGUCAAAGUUUUUCCUGCCCAUUAUGCAGAAAGAAGACCACUUUGCCAAGGCAAGGGGUAGAUGCUUUCCCGAACUAUUUUGUAGCACCUAAAAUACAAGACUAUGUGAAAGAAAUGAACAAAAGCGAACAAAGGUGUGAUUUUUGCUGGGAUUCUGAUGAAACAGUGGUGACAGCUACUAGUUACUGCAUCACAUGUAAACCUGUUAAAUUCCUCUGCUCCUUACAUCUGCAAGCACAUAGAAAGUUAAAUGUGAAAGUACCUCACAAGACCAAAGAUAUCCAGCCUCAAGGUACAAAAUGCUCCUUUCAUCCACGAGAAAAUGUUGUCUAUUUUUGCUUCAAUCAUGGCAUUUGUCUCUGCAUCCUGUGCGCGGGGAGAGAAGAGCACACGUCGUGCAGGCUCCUGGAUCUGAACGAGGGAUUUACACACCAGAUAAAAGAGGUGCAAGAGCUUGCCCAACAAUGUGAAACAUUAAAGAAACAAAAUCAGGAGCUGACUUUGAAACUGAAGAAAACUUGUGAAAUUCCAGCAAGUCCUGUUAAUGACUGGAAUGGGCUUCUUUUCUUUCUAUUCUGUAUCUUUAUUUUUGUCAUGCUUUCAAGUAUAAGAACUGAUACUUAGAUAUUCCCUGCCCAAUAGCUAAAAAGACUGUAACAUAUAAUGUAGACAUAAAAUGACUGCACUUGUUAUUAGGCCCUAAAAAUAUCAAUUAAUCAAAAAGAUAACAGUUUUUUUCUAUUUUCCAGUCAUCUUAGCAACUUUGCUGUAAUACAGAGAAAACCACAUCAGUGAUAUGAAUGUUGAUGUUGACAUGAGUAGAUGUUGAUAUCAAUGUUGAUGUUGAAAUCAACAUCUAAUCACGUGAGUGUGAUGCAGGCCUACGUCCAGGUUGGCCAUAAGCUAAUAGUAUGUAACAUUUCUCAGCUUGUGUUUGAUAAUUUUCAUCUAUGAUCCAACUACCAAGCUACUGAACAUUUUUGCUCGUAUAUCUGAUUUGUUAAAUGGUAUAGGGAAACCUAAUUACCUAAUGAUGUAUGAUAAUAGCACAUGCAAGAGAUAAUUUGUUUGAUCAUUUAAUAUACACAUAAACUUUGUAUUUAUCAUUGUUAUUAAAUACAAAAUGCAUUUAUUAUUUUCCUCUUGCCUCAUAACUAAAAUAAUUUUAUUGUGAUGCACCACUGGGGAGGAGACCUUAAA